UCUUCUCAUACACGUCUUUGUUUUCUAUUUUAUAGUUACUAGCUCUGGAGUCCAUUUACGGUGAUAACAUUUUCAUUUUAGACAAACAAAAUGGGCUAUGGUCUUUUCAGAUUAAUAUACACAUUGAAGUGCCUAGCGCAAUUAUGAUUACUACAAAUUUGAAAUCCCAUGAUACCCAUGAUGGACAAGAUGGCGAUUCUUCAGAGUUCUCAUACUCUUUCAAAGUUGAGCAUCUCCAGCCAAUUCUAUUGACAUGUUUGUUGCCGAAAUCAUAUCCGAGCCACCAUGCUCCUUACUUUACUAUUUCGGUUCAGUGGUUGGACUCUAAAAAAAUUUUGGAUCUCUGCUUCAAGCUUGAAUCAAUCUGGAAGGAACAGCCUGAGCAGGAGGUUAUAUACCAAUGGGUAGAAUGGUUACACAGUUCUACCCUCUCUUAUCUUGGUUUUGAUCAUGAAAUAGUUCUUGGUCCUUAUGGCGUAAGACAUACUGAAGAUAGACGUGCGAUUUCUGGCAGCAUCUCCCCAGAUGUUGAUAUCCCUUCAAUGAAGAGUUACAAUGAUGAACAGCAUAAUGAAAACUUCUUUAGAAACAUCCACGAGUGCUGCAUCUGUUUCAGUGAGUUUCAAGGUUCUGAGUUCAUUAGAUUGCCAUGCCAGCAUUUCUUUUGCAACAUAUGCAUGAAAACUUAUUCUGACAUGCAUAUAAAGGAAGGAACAAUAUUGAAACUUAAAUGCCCGGAUACAAAAUGUGGGGGAAUGAUUCCACCUGGUUUACUGAAACGACUACUUGGGGAAAAUGAUUUCGAACGCUGGGAGUCACUUAUGUUACAAAAAACAUUGGAAUCGAUGUCUGAUGUGGUUUACUGCCCAAGAUGUGAAACAGCCUGCUUAGAAGAUGAAGAUCAGCAUGCCCAAUGCUCGAAGUGCUUCUAUAGCUUUUGUACACUUUGCAGAGAGAAACGUCAUGUAGGAGUUGCCUGUAUGACACCGGAAAUGAAACUGCUUAUUUUGCAGGAGCGACAGAAUUCAACUCAACUGAAAGUUGAUCAAAGGCGCCUCGAGAAAGAACUGAUCAAUGAGCUUCUUAGCGUCAAGGAAAUAAAACGUUCUGCAAAGCAAUGCCCUUCUUGUAAGAUGGCUAUCUCACGAACUGAAGGGUGCAACAAGAUGGUAUGUAAUAAUUGUGGGCAGUAUUUCUGCUAUCGCUGUAAUAAGGCAAUUGAGGGAUAUGAGCAUUUCAGGGAUGGAAAUUGUGAACUUUUCCAGGCAGAAGAGAUUCAGAUGUGGGAGGAGAGGAUGAAUGCUCGCCAAGUUGGGGGUCAGAUUCAAGCUCAAUUGUUUGCUGACUGUGGUCAUUCAUGCCCUAAUUGUGGUCAACUCAAUGCAAAGGUUGGCAAUAACAAUCACAUAUUUUGCUGGGCAUGUCAAAAUCACUAUUGCUACUUGUGUAGAAAGAUGGUGAGACGCGGCUCGCAGCAUUAUGGACCCAGGGGUUGCAAGCAACACACUGUCGGAUAAUUGUAAAAGAUAUCCCAUUUGAGUGUGUGUUGCUGUUUGGACAUUAAAGAGGCCUGGAGGAACUUGAACUGAAGAAGUUAUAAAUUUGAAGCAUAACACCGUCGUUGUUCAAACCAAUAAGUAAACAUCAGCUUCCGUUCUUUACCUACUUACACAUCCCUGCAUUCGAUUGACAUUUGAGUGUUGCUUAGUUUGGACUCGGAUUUACACAAUAUUGACUGUUGUAUAUUCUUCUUGUACAUUUAGAAAUUCAAUAAUUUGAUUCAAGAUUUUGCUCGAUAUAACGAUUUGUGAUGCAUUUAA